GGGCAAGGACAGCGGGCAGGGCAGCUGCGGAGGGCACCGAGUGUCGAAGCCCCAGUGCCCUGCAGGCACCCAGGAGGGCAGCCAUGUCAGGGAUGGAGAAGCCCGUGGGUGGGGCCAUGGGGGGAAGGAUCAGGGGUUCCAGUGCCCCCUAAAGCAGGAGUAGAGUCCUGGAGAAGGGCCCAAGACAAAAGACUGACUCAGGGGGUUGACUGGAGGCAGGGGAGUUGUGGGGGGUGACCAGGACAGUGGGUGACAAUGGAGAGAGCAGAGAUUCCAGAGAAACGGGAGGGAAGCUCGUGGAGACGACUGGGCUGCUCAGGAGGAGGCCUCGGGCCAGUGCCAGGUGCCAGGAAGGUGAGGCAGAGGAGAGCCCCUGGACAGGAGUGAAGCCGCAGAGGAUCAGGUCAGGGAGAGGGCUCUCGGUGGGCCUGGCACGCGCGUGUGCGUGUGCGUGUGUGCGUGUGUGUGUGUGUUAGGGGGUCUAGAGAGAGGGGAGAGGGGGCAGGAGGUGCCCAUCCUGGAAACCACAGCCACACAAAGAUCCAAGAAGAAGGCAGGACCCCGGGUAUCCCAGGACGCGUACAGGCAGGAACGCUGAAGCCCAGGCCUGGCAGGAGCAGGCCUGCUGGUGCUGGGGACUGCCUGUUGGGAGGUGAGCUGGGGAGGUGACAGAGGGGCUGCAGAAGGACCACAGCACCUUGGACGUUGGCUUUGGGGGGCAUGGGAGAGGAAAUGUCCCCCCAGGGUGUCUGGCAGAAGCCUGUGUCUCAGAGCUUUUGGCAGUCCUCAGGAAGGGAGGCACCUGGGAGGAGGGUGGCACAGUGGCAGGGUGCAGGCUGGGCAACAGCGGGGAGCCGGGGGCCCCCUCAGUGGGGCUACUCAAUGGGUGUGCUGGAGGAGGCUCAAGGGGACAGAACAAGGCCCUGAGACCAGGGCGUGGCACAGAAAGGGUUAAAGGGGCACCUAGGGGAUCACUUGGCCAGAGACCUCCUGGGUAGCUCACAUUCCAGCGCCCCAGUAGCCCCCCACCUGCAAAGAAGGAUUGGAGACAGAUAAUGUCGCCCAGGAGCCCAGUGGGGAUAAGUAAAGGGUCACUCCCUCCAGAGAGUCAGGAAGGCCACCCAGACACAGCGGGGAGACCACAGGAAACACAGAUGAAGCAAGAGGAAGGGGCCUGAGUCAGACACCCGACAGUGCGCCCCCCUCCUCGCUGGCACACGUGUCCCUGCAGGGAGCUCAGACCUGCAGGCCAUGUCAGCAGGGCAGGGAUCAGCAGGGAGAGUCCACACCACAGCGCCCAGAUCCACCAAGCAGGGUCCAUGGGGUCGAGGACCUACAGGACUGGAUGCGGGGGAUUAAGCUCAAGGGGACCUGUGAACACCCCCAAGGAGCCGGUUGUGCAGCCCCUGCCAGAUGUGGGGGACAGCUACCCAGAGGCAUGUCCCCCGUCCAGCCCUGGCGUCCCAACCUGCUGCUGCUGCUGCUGCUGCUGCUGGCCUGCCAGCCGCAGGCCCUCUCUGCCCAGGUAAUGGACUUCUUGUUCGAGAAGUGGAAGCUCUACAGUGACCAGUGCCACCGCAACAUGAGCCUGCUGCCUCCCCCAAAUGACCUGGUCUGCAACAGGACCUUCGACAAGUACUCCUGCUGGCCAGACACCCCUCCCAAUACCACGGCCAACAUCUCCUGCCCCUGGUACCUGCCUUGGUAUCACAAAGCACCGCCUGGUCUUCAAGAAGUGUGGGCCGGAUGGGCAGUGGGUGCGUGGGCCUCGGGGACAGCCAUGGCGCAACGCUUCCCAGUGCCAGAUGGAGGACGAGGAGCUCGAGGGCCAGGGCAGCCCCAGGGCAGGUGCCAGGCACUGAUCCACUGUCCCUGCAGCAAACUCCACUGCACCCGCAACUACAUCCACGUGAACCUGUUUGCAUCCUUUGUGCUGAAGGCCAGCUCUGUGCUGGUCAUCGACUGGCUGCUGAAGACCCGUUACAGCCAGAAGAUCGGGGAUGACCUCAGUGUCAGCAUCUGGCUCAGCGAUGGGGCGGUGGCCGGCUGCCGUGUGGCCGCAGUGAUCAUGCAGUAUGGCGUGGUGGCCAACUACUGCUGGCUGCUGGUGGAGGGCGUGUACCUGCAUGGCCUGCUGGGCCUGGCCUCCUUCCCUGAGCGAAGCUUCUUCACCCUCUACCUGGGCAUUGGCUGGGGUGCGCCCCUGCUGUUCAUCAUCCCCUGGGCAGUGGUCAAGUGUCUGUUUGAGAACAUUCAGUGCUGGACCAGCAAUACCAACAUGGGCGUCUGGUGGAUCUUGCGAGCCCCGGUCUUCCUGGCCAUCCUGAUCAACUCCUUCAUCUUUGUCCGCGUGGUCCACCUUCUCAUCACCAAGCUUCAGGCCCGCCAGAUGCACUACGCUGACUACAAGUUCCGGCUGGCCAGAUCCACCCUGACCCUCAUCCCCCUGCUGGGGGUCCACGAAGUGGUCUUCGCCUUUGUGACCGAUGAGCAGGCUCAGGGGGCCCUGCGCUCCGCCAAGCUCUUCUUUGACCUCUUCCUCAGCUCCUUCCAGGGCCUGCUGGUGGCUGUCCUCUACUGCUUCCUCAGCAAAGAGGUACAGGCAGAGCUGCUGCAGCGCUGGCGGCGCUGGCACGAGGGCAGAGCGCUGCAGGACCCGCGACGCAGCAGCAGCCCCUCGGCCCCAGCUAGGCCUUGCCGUGGCCCCUCCUGCGAGAAGCUUCGACUUGUGAAGGGUGGCAGCAGCAAUGGGGCUGGCCAGGACCCCUCUGCAGAGACCUCCUUGGCCUGUGGCCUCCCUGAGUUGGCUGAGAGCCCCUUCUGAAUCUCUGCUGGACUCAGGCACCAGACAGGGCAUCACCGAACACCCCAGGACUGGACACCUGGCUGAGGCCAGAGGGGCAGGACAGCUGGACAGUGGCUGCCAUUGUCCAUGUCCCCCCUGCUGUCCCUGGGGCACAAGCCCAGUGGUGGGAAGUUGUGCAUGAACUGCAGGCAUGCCUGCCUGUUGGUCUGUCCUGUGCGUGUGGAAAGGUGUGUCCUCCAAUAAAGAGCUGAGUAGUG